AUGUUAAAUCUGGCACAAUCCAGUGUUGCUGAUGAUAAUUUGGGUAAUGUGGAUCCUUCUGCGAGUAGUAUGAAGUGGUCCACUGAUCAGCAACAAUUUUCACAAUCAGAAAUUGAAAUGCGUUUGGAUGGAAUCAGUAACAAUAUAGAUGCUGGCGUGGAAUCUAAUGAAGUCACAUCGGCACCAAAUGCCGAAAAACCAUUGUGGAAAAGAGAACGGCCAGUCAGGCUUGUUCAUGACAGACUAUUAGGCUUAGAAGAGGAAAGAAUUAGAGUCGAGAAGCAAAAACUGCUGGAGAAAAAGAGAUGCAAUAAUAUAAGACUGAAAUUGGAAAAGGAGAGAUUGGAAAUUGAAAGACAAAGAAUUAUCUUAUUAGAAAAGUUAUUAGUUGCAGUAGAAGCGGUUGUGCAUCGGUAG